ACAACCAUUCACACAACUCUAAAAUCAUCUGCAAGUAAUGCAUGGAUAAUCUUCAGCUGAAAGAAGAAGAAUAUAAACAAUGAAGAUUACUCAAACGGCCCUUGUGCUCCUCAUCCAAACAUUACAAUGUUUGGCUCUAGACGAUUCACCAUUCCAACUAACUAACAAGGACACUGGUUUUUGUUUGGUUAAAACAAAUAACCAAUGCAAUGAUAUACGCUGGACAACUGGUGACCGACUUUUGGUUCUACAAAGGAAGAAGUGCCUGGGAGUCCAGGGGAAAAGUGUGGGGAGUGAAAUAAGCCUCUAUGAUUGUGACGAAAACAGCGACCUCCAAAAGUGGGAAUGCAAGAAUGGAACAGUGCUCGUCCUUAAAGACCAAGCCCUUUACAUUGAGCUAACUCACGAUAGCACAGCAGUUCUUUCCAAAACAAUAGGACCCAAUAACCACCUCACAAUUCCAGGAACGCCAAAUGGUGCUUGUGCAAGAACAUAUAGAGAACUUUAUGCUAUUGGUGGAAAUGCAGCGGGACUGCUGUGCAUGUUUCCCUUCCACUACAAAGACCAGUGGUUCUCAGACUGCACCACACUUGACUCUUCAGAAAAUAAUCUUUGGUGUGCUGUUGAGACCAAAUACCAAAGUGAACGCUGGGGCUACUGCCCAGUUACCUCAAAAGAUGGCUGGACUAAACACCCAACAACAGGAGAAUAUUACCAGCUCAACACACAAGCAGCUCUGACUUGGGCCCAGGCUGACGCCAGCUGCAAACAGCAGGGUGCCUCCCUGCUCAGUAUCACCGAUCCUCAUGAGCAGGCUUACAUCACAGCACUGUUAGGUAAUGGGGGCAAUAAGCUUUGGACUGGGCUUAUCUUGGAUCCAGAGCAUGGCUGGAGAUGGUCUAAUGGCAGGCCUUACCGCUAUCUGAAAUGGGCCCCAGGACAUCCGCUUCCUAAUCCAGGACACAACUGUGCAAUCAUUGAUCCUGCUGUACAGUACUCCUGGCAAAGCACACUUUGCAGCAAGACACUUGGGUACAUCUGCUACAGUAAAGAGGCUGAGGUACUGCCUACACAAGCUGUUGAGACUGGACGUUGUUCAAGCCCUUGGAUUCCCUACAGUGGCCACUGUUUCUACCUUAAUCGUACUCAGAAUACAUGGGCUGAUGCUCAGACAGCAUGUCGUAAUGACAGAGCCAACCUAGUCAGCAUGCGCAAUGUGGAGGACCAAAGUUUUGUCAUCUCUCAACUUGGAUACACAUCCACUGAUGAGCUUUGGAUUGGACUGAAUGACAUAAAGACAGAGGGACUGUUUGACUGGAGUGACCACUCUACUGUCAGCUUCACUAGCUGGGCAUUUGGGAAACCUGCUGUCUCCACUGAUUUGAAGGACUGUGUUCUCAUUAGGGGAGAGAAUGGAAACUGGGCUGACCAUGUCUGUGAGGAGAAACACAGUUACAUUUGUAUGAAGAAGAGUGCAACAAAAUCCACUGGAGGUCAAAUGAAGCAGGAUCUGGGCUGCAGAAGUGGCUGGAGAAGAUAUGGAUCGUACUGCUACUUUGUAGCGACACAGACCAAAACUUUUGAUGAAGCCAAAGAUGACUGCAAGAGCUCAGAUUCUUACCUAGCUGAUGUUUCAAAUGGGCUGGAUAAUGCCUUCCUUGUCAGUUUGGUGGGGAUGAGACCAGAGAAAUUCUUCUGGCUAGGCCUCUCAAACCAGGUUAACAGAUAUCAGUUUGUGUGGACCAACAAAGACUCAGUGAGGUUUACUCACUGGAACACUGAAAUGCCAGGCCACCGACAUGGCUGUGUUGCCAUGAACACUGGGAUUUUUGCUGGUCUCUGGGAUGUGCUGCCCUGCACCAAUAAGGAAAAAUACAUCUGCAAACACCUGGCAGAGGGGGCAGUUUUAACCCCUGCACCACCCACUCCUGCCCCAACCACAUGUGCAACCAGCUGGACUCAAAUAGGAUCAAGAAACUAUUGCUAUAAGGUGUUUGGUACAUCCUCACAUACAUCAUCAUCUUCAGAGCGGAGGACCUGGUAUGACGCCAGAGAUUACUGCAGGGCCAUUGGAGGAGACCUGCUCAGCAUUCAUAGUUCGGAAGAGCUAAAAUCCCUCCCACGUCGCUAUGAAACAGUCUGGAUUGGACUUAGUGCCCCUGACCCAGUCACCGGAUAUGUAUGGAGCGAUGGAUCCCCACUGCAGUUCCAGCACUGGGAGGAUGGAAAGCCAGACAAUAGAAACAAUGUGGAAUUUUGUGCUGUUUACGAAAUGGAAAACCGGGAUGCCAGUGGGUCUUGGAACGAUAUGCACUGUGAGAGGUUCCAAGGAUGGUUGUGCCAGAUCCGUUUAGGCCUGACUCCAAAACGCCCCCCUGGCCCUGUUGCUCUUGACUACAACAAGACCUCAGACGGGUGGCUAGAAUGGAAGGGGUCUCAGUAUUAUUUUAACAGAGACAGUAUGGCCAUGGAAGACGCUCGUCGCUUCUGCCAACAGAGGCAUGGUGACUUAGUAACUGUCAACAGCCAAGCUGAAAGUGUCUUCUUAUGGAAACAGGUGUCCAGCACUUGGGUAGAUUAUUAUUGGAUAGGCCUGAACGUAGAUCUUGAUGGAACAUAUGGCUGGAUGGAUGGUUCUCCAGUGGUGUUUCAAAGGUGGGAUGAAAAUCAACCCAAAUUCGUACGCAAUGAUGAGAACUGUGCUGCUUUGACGACAUCUUUAGGGUUCUGGCAUAAUCGUAAUUGUGGGUAUGAGCACAGGUCAAUUUGCAAACGCAGUGAAUCACCACCUGCCAAUGCCACUGUAGCACCUACAAUUCCUCCAAAAGGUGGCUGUCCACAAAACUGGAAAAAAUUUAACUCAAAGUGUUAUAGCAUCAUUAAUAGCCAGAGGGAGACAUGGUUUGGAGCGAGGACACAGUGCAAAUCGAUGGGAGGAAAUCUGGCCUCAAUUCUUUCAAGACAUGAGCAAGUGUUUUUGACUAUUCAACUGGCCAAGACACCGACUAUAGACCUGUGGAUUGGUAUGUAUGGUAAUCCACCAAUCUGGACUGAUGGGCGACCAAGGGCAUACGCCAACUGGGGGAAGGAAAAGCAAAAACCCAACAGAUAUUAUGACAGUGAGGAUUAUGACUAUUAUCAUCGGUCAUCAAGUAAUGAGAAAUGUGCUGUGAUGACUACUGAUCCCCACAGAGGCAUAGGAAAGUGGAUAAAAACAUCCUGCAAUGACACCAAUGGAUAUGUGUGUCUUCGAAAUGUUGACCCAACCCUCCCAGACUCCCCUGAACCAACAACUGCCGACUAUGUCAAAAUAUUCAAUGACUCUAUCAAAGUUGUUACUCAACAAAUGACCUGGGAAGCAGCCAAAAUGCACUGUGAAAGUGAUGGUGCCAAACUGGCUAGCCUGCGAAAUGAGUGGACAGAUGUCUAUGCUGAGCUGAUGGCUCUGAAUCUCAAAGUUCCACUGUGGAUUGGACUGAACAAAAAGGAGACUGGUGGAUAUUUCAUAUAUAUCGAUGGCUGGCAUAUCACCUCUCCCAAUUGGGACCAAAAUGAACCAAGCAGUAACCGAGAUUGUGUGUUUGUGAACACGGAUGGAAAGUGGGAGACUGCUGACUGCAAUAAGAACAUGAGCAGCAUUUGCAUGAAGUCUACAGAUGUGCCACCAACACAGUCAAGCGAGUUCCCAGGAUUUUGCCCUAACAACGCAGAAACACGCAAACAGCUGAGUGAUCAGAGUGAUGGCUGGCUACCAUUUAGGGCUUAUUGUUACCUAUUUGUUACAAAAAAGUCUGAGUGGACUCAUGCAUCCUCCGAUUGUGCAAAACAUGGUGGAACUCUUGCAAGCAUUGAAGAUCCUUCUGAGCAAGAAUUCAUUGAAAGAAAUAUUAAAAGUUUUGAAAACAGCCACACCUCUUUCUGGAUGGGCUUGUAUAAAACUCACAAAGGCAAGUGGCAGUGGUUGGAUAAAAUCGCUUUGGACUACACUAACUGGCGUGAAGAUCAACCGGAUAUCAACAAUUUUGGAUUGAUCAAAGUUAUCGAUGGGAAAUGGUUCACAAGUGAUCAGUGGCUUGACAGAGGAUAUGUGUGCAAAACACCCAAAGUAUUAGGACAAGUGCCGAAGACAACUGUAAAUCCUACGAUGGAUCCUCAAACCCAUGGCCACAUCAUUUUGGCAGUUGUGCUGGUCAUUACUGCGAUUGCCAUAGGGACAGUCAUCACCUUGUUUCUCUUCAAAAAGUCUGGCCACCGCUUACUUAUCCCUGGAAAGUCAUCUACCUUUGACAACCCACUCUUCUUCACCAAUGAGCGGGCCAAGCCUGGUCCUGUUGACACCAAUAAAUUGGUCGCAAAUGCAGAGGAAGAGGACCCUGUGCCUGUUACCACUGUGUGAUGCCAACAUCAGCAGAAUCUACAAGGGCAUACAGUAUAUCUUGGGCAGAUGGUUGAUUGUAUUCUGACAAGAGUUUCCAUUUUUGUUUUUAAAUGAAGGGUGUUUUAAUGUAGUUGGCAAUAACUGGCUUUAAUAACACAAUUUAAGCUGUAAGAUGUAGGGGUGUUAUGAUUCACAAAAUUCACAGGUCGGUUUGAUAUGAUACAGUGAUGUCAUGGUUUGGUAUGUUUUGAAUGCAGCAAAAAAUUAAGAAAUGCCAGAGAAAUUUCCCAGAUUUUUAAAAUGUUAAAUGUAUGAAAACUAUCAUUUUAUGGGCUUUUUUUUUUAUACAAUGCAUAAAUUAUAGGCUGGCUGAAAUUGCCUCAUUAAAGUUUGGGUAAAGCAAAAUCAGUGAUUUCUCUCAAAACACAUUACACGUUAGAAAAUACUGGUUGAAAACCUGAAAAGACUGGGAACUGUCUAGUACUAAAUAUUGGAGUUUCGUUAAACUGUUUUUCCUCAUACUACAAUACUGACAUUAUAGCACAUAGUAGUGUUGUUUCCAUUGCCCGCUCUGUGUGUGGCGAGUUCGCGAGCACUCAUAGCUCUUUCAGCCUUAUUAAUGAAUGUAUAAACAUCUCUUAAAUGUCACAAUAACAUAAACACAAGCUAAACUUACUUUUCAGUCUCUCUGGCCUAAUCAGCUACCUGGCCCACUGACUCAAUACUGUGGGUGUGUGCUUUUGUGCUAACAUUAGCUGCUAUUAGCUACUGAAUGAUAUUGCCGUUCCCUGGUUCGGGGUGUGUGUGUUGUGCAACCAUGAAUGUGCUGGCUCAACUGCAAGUUUGUUGCUUUGCAGUGGCUCGUUCUUUAUUUAAGGGAUCGUGUUUGUUACUGUGCUACUGGGUUGCCUGCUAAAAAGAGUCUGUUGCUGUGCAGUUGUUCGUUCUUAUUCUUCAUCGCCCUCAUAAUUCACAACAAAACUAAAUGCCAGACCCUUCGAUUUCUGGUCUGAUAAUGGCAUUUCAAACCAUCUUGAAACAAGCUAGCAUAGCGUAGUGUGCCUCCCAGCAUGUCUCACUGGAGGAGAAUGUUUUAGAUUGUGGGUGGGAGGGGCAGACAGCACAUUGCCUGUUGCGUCAUGUGGGUUGCCUUGUCAAGCACAGUGGUACUGACUGACACAUUAAGCUGUAUAUUUUAUUUUCAAAAUGUAAUAGGACAGUGAAAAGUAUCGUUCAGUUUGUAAUGCUUACCAAACCGAAAGCCUCCUAACGAACAGUUCAAUACAAAUAAAUGUACUGUUACACCCUGA